AUGCUUGAUGACGAGGAGGAGCGAAGGCCGUUGCUAGGCUCCAAUAGCUUGUUCAGUAUCUCGCCCAGAAAAUUAAUGGAGCUUGUCGAUCCAAAAAACCCGGCAUUAUUAAGAAAACUCGGUGGUAUCGAUGCUAUUGCUAGUGCACUGCAUGUAGACACAUCGAACGGUAUCUCUGACGAUCUAUAUCAAGCACGACAAAGCGUUUUCGGGUACAAUGAUUUACCCAAAGCCAAAUCCAAGAGUUUUUGGAGACUCAUAGUUGCAGCUUAUAAUGAUAAAACCAUCAUCAUGCUGACAGUGGCGGCGAUCGUAUCCCUUGGUAUCGGAAUCGGAAAGGAUUAUUCAGCUGAACAUCCACCAGGUCAACCACGAAUAGGAUGGGUAGAAGGCACGGCAAUUUUAGUUGCAGUGCUUGCAGUCACUUUGACCAACGCUAUCAACGAUUAUCAAAAAGAACGACAAUUUCGAAAGCUGAACGCGAAAAAAGAAGACAAAAGAGUGACAGUACUACGGAUGGGACGCGAACAACGCAUCAACGCACAUGAUUUGGUUGUGGGUGAUAUCCUUAUCAUCGAACCUGGCGACGUGGUACUCGCCGAUGGAUUGUAUGUCACUGGCUACAAUUUGGUGUGUGAUGAAUCGUCAGCCACUGGCGAAUCUGAAGCUGUCAAGAAACAUCCAGCUGGCUGCACGUGCUCCAAAGAUAAUACGGCCAAUAACAACAUCGAUGAUGACAAUAGCGACAGUUUUAUUCUUUCCGGAUCCAAAGUUUUAGAAGGUGUCGGUCGUGUAUUGGUGAUUGCGGUGGGUACCAACUCGUACUAUGGCAAGACGAUGAUGGCGCUCCGGCAUGAUCCCAAUACAAGUCAGCGACAAGAAAACACACCCUUGCAACUCAAACUCGAUGUGCUUGCAGAACAAAUAGCCAAAUUCGGCAUUGUUGCUUCUUUGACCAUGCUAGUGACACUGACGAUCAAGUAUUAUGUCACGGCCGACCAUCCGAGCGGUACAGAAAUCGCUUCCACCGUCGUCAACAUUGUGAUCCAGACAAUCACCAUUAUCGUCGUUGCUGUGCCUGAAGGCCUUCCUAUGGCCGUUACUAUGGCUCUUGCUUUUGCUACGACGCAGAUGCUCAAAGACAAUAACCUGGUGCGCGUUCUAGCUGCGUGCGAAACCAUGGGAAACUCGACAACAAUCUGCACGGAUAAAACGGGGACGCUGACGCAGAACCAAAUGACAGUGGUUAAAGGAACGCUGGGGAUGGAGCAAUUCACAGAAGCGUCGGCUAUUCAAGAUUGGGCUCAACGCGUGGAUGGAAAAAUCAUACAGCUCGUGGUAGAAGGCGCUGCAGUCAACUCGACAGCUUAUGAAGAUGUAGCGACUAACGACGACGGUAAAAAGCAAUUUUUGGGAUCCAAAACGGAAAUUGCUUUGCUUGUCUUGGCUAACAAACUCGGUGGCGACUAUGUGACUAUCCGUCGACACGCACAAAUUGCCAAGCUGUAUCCGUUUGCAUCCAAAAAGAAGACCAUGACCACUAUUAUCCAGCUAGGCAGCACGUAUCGCGCAUACACAAAAGGUGCAUCUGAAAUAGUGCUUAGAUCUUGCACACAUUAUAUUGAUGCCAAAGGCGAAACGUGCGAAAUGGAUACGGAAGCAAGGCAGCAGUGGGAACGGGUGAUUGACAAGGAUGCAAGCGAAGCACUUCGAACGCUCGCGCUUGCUUAUAUCGACAUGGAACAAGACGAAUACAGUGCCUUAAGGGACGAGGACGAUUUUCCACUGGAGAAUCUCGUGAUGAUUGGUGCUGUUGCCAUUGAAGAUCCACUCCGUCCAGGCGUGGUAGAAUCUGUCGCAGCCUUUCGGCGUGCAGGUGUGUUUGUUCGCAUGGUUACUGGUGACAAUAUCAAGACGGCCACUGCCAUUGCACGCAACGCGGGUAUCCUUACUAAGGGUGGUAUUGUUUUAAGCGCAUCCGAGCUACGUGAGAUGUCGCCCGAGGAGCAAAGACAACGGGUACGGCGGAUGCAAGUGUUGGCGCGAUCCUCGCCAACAGACAAAACCACUGUGGUUGUCCGUUUGCAAGAACUGGAUCAAGUCGUCGGCAUGACUGGAGACGGCACCAAUGAUGGACCAGCACUUCGACUCGCAGAUGUUGGAUUCAGUAUGGGUGUCACCGGAACCGAAGUCGCCAAAGAAGCAUCGGAUAUUGUGCUUAUGGAUGACAAUUUCAAUUCGAUCCUCAAAGCAUUGUUAUGGGGCCGAACGGUUAACGACGGUGUACGCAAAUUCUUAACUUUCCAACUCACUGUCAACGUGGCUGCUGUAGUGAUUUCGUUCGUUAGCGCAGUGACAUCUAACAAGGCGGAAAGUGUGCUCUCUGCAGUUCAGCUUCUUUGGGUCAAUUUGAUCAUGGAUACCUUGGCAGCACUCGCACUCGCGACCGAGCGACCUACAUCCGAUUUAUUGGACAGGAAGCCGGCAUCCAAGUUUGCACACCUGAUCAACUAUCGAAUGGUAAAAAUGAUCCUUGGUCAAGCCGUAUUCCAAAUCGCUGUCAACUUGGUAGCUGUCUAUGCUGGCCCCCAGAUAUUCGGCAUUUCGGAUGAAGCGGUGUUACGGACAAUGGUGUUCAAUAUCUUUGUGUUUCUCCAAGUCUUCAACGAGAUCAACUGUCGGCGGAUCGAUGGUAGCUUAAACGUGUUUAAGAAUAUAACGCACGAUUGGAUAUUUGUUGCAGUGCAGGCCGCUGUCGUUGUGUGCCAGGUGAUAAUUGUCACAUUUGGUGGACUUGCAUUUAGUACAGUUUCGCUGACUGCAGAGCAAUGGCUUAUCACCGUUGGUAUUGGUGCAUUAUCACUUCCUGUGGGCGUCAUCAUACGGUUAAUACCCGAUUUUUGCGAAAUUGAGCGUCGCUACAACGAGGAUGCGACGCCAUUGACAAGUUAUUCAAGACUUAACUGGGAAGGUGCCAUAGGCCAGAUCCGAAAUCAGCUACGGGUCUAUUCAGCUUUACGCAAGUCAUACCAUACACCUGCAAGCACUACUGCUGCACCUGCCAACGAUCAUCAUCAGCGACGAUUCUUUUCAGCCCCUGUAAGCGAUACAGCAAGUCUCAAACUUGGAGAUGAUACUCCUCAUGAUUAUAGUAACAGCACACAAGAAGAUUAUGGAGCUACCCAUGACUUUACUCCGUCAGCCAGUUCCUCCCCAUAA